UCUUUUCCUAAAAUAGUUCAGCCUUACUUGGAAAAGCUAUUGUUCUUCAUCCAGACACUAAUGCACAUGCUCACAACACUGGUGGGCAAAAAGAGCAUCUGCACCCACUAUCCAGAGCUGUGCUUAUGUGAUUGUAGCGAAAACAAAAUACAUGGUUGUAGUUGUAAUGCACAAUAUAAAUGGCAUGAUAUGAUAGAGCCAGCAGUGGAGAUUUUGGCUCUACUGGCCAACUGUGAUUGCACAAUAACAUUGUCAAGCUGAGUGGAAUCUGGAAAAAUGUUCUUUCUGUUUUUACAUGUUGCACUUGAGCUCAAACCAUGUAGAAUAUUCGUGUUUUCAUCACUUUUAGCUUAUAUUUUAUUUAAAAUAUCCAAAUUGGCAAUAUAGGGGCCCCGGAACAGCAUCUUGCAUAGGGCCUCCACAAAGCUAAAAACGGCCAGUUAACAAGUGAGUAGAGCUCACAAUGCUGAGUAGUGAACGGGGCACCAGUGACCAAACGGAUUGUUGAGUGAUAAAUGACUUCGAGUUCAUGAAGAAGUUUUUGGAAGCAGUCCCAUAAAUGUCACUGCAAUCUAAGAUGGGAAGGACUGUCAUUUUGACCAAGGUAGAAACCCAAUUCUCGACUUGACUUUAGAGAGUAAUAUAUUCAUGUCAAUGUCAAAUGAAAGUGCUGUCAAGUCAGAUGUCAAAAUACUUCGAAGAACUGACAAGUUGUAGUUCUGUACCUACAGAGCUAUACUUCUUAAGUAGGGUGUGGUCCAACCCGGUCUCACGUUAGACCGGGUUGGCAGGUCAGCUGCUUGUGCGUAAUCUAACCACCACUAACAGUGAAAAAUAUCCCAAUAUUAUAGGUACAGACGGGCUACAGCUUCUGGAUCAAUUUUAUAUAAAUAAUUUUUUAAAUGAUCUUCUGUUGAAAGAUAACUUUCACGUAUGUGAGCGACCGGUAUUGGUUACUGUCACCUUUUGUUAUGGGUUAAAGCAGCUUAGGGUUGGCCCAAGUGCAAGUGGGUGGGCUCAGGCCCAGUAGGCCCCUCCCACAACGCUGUGGCUCCCAGUGUUUCCUGUGGGAAACGGGAAACAAUGACUCUUUGAUGGGAAAAGGUUGCUGACCCCUGAUCUAGACCAUCAGUUGCUGAAGCAAGAGUAGACAAGAGUCAAGAGCAUUUAAAGGUACUUAUUUUUUUGUGCGAGGGUCCCCAGUGUAGCUUUUUGUUAAGGAACCUCCAAGGGUAAAGUCUAUUAUUUAGAAAAAGGAUGUAUUUGUGUCUUCUUCAACAUUGUAGUGGGGACUGCCCUGUUGAACAUCCUUAGCAAUCCAAUCACAGUGCUCUAUGUGUGUGUUGGGCCAAUCUCAUCAUUGUACUGGUUUGUUGGGUGGGUGGGAUGUUACUGUGACUGAGCAAAACUAAGAUAGGGACAGCUGGUUUUAAACAGCUUUAGCAUCAACUUUAGACUAUUCAGACUUGGGCCUUUUGAGUCAAGAGCAGAUGGAGGUAUCCAAGGGGACGCUUUGCACAUUUUUCAUAUUGUUAAAUCGUUUUCUUGAGCCAGUUUGUGCUAAAAUCACCCUUUACAGGGUUAAGGAGAGACCUCCCAGCCCCUGUGGCCAGAAGACUGCACUUGCAACUUCAGAAUGGUGGGCUGCUCAGUUGGGACUUAAACAUUUUGAAAUGACAAACCUGUCACUGCAGUCUGGUUCCAGCAGGUUUCCUCCAGUCCCAGGGCAGACGCACAUACCACCAGGCCACUGAGCAGGUUAUUAUACAAUAAGUGAGAGGCAUGGACAGCUCUGUCACCCUGUGGCAGUUUCUUCUCCAGCUCCUGGUGGAUUCCGGUAAUGAGCACCUCAUCUGCUGGACCAAUGAGGAAGGAGAGUUCAAGCUGCUCCAAGCGGAGGAGGUGGCCCGGCUGUGGGGAGCCCGUAAGAACAAGCCCAACAUGAACUAUGACAAGCUCAGCAGGGCGCUCCGAUACUACUACGACAAGAACAUCAUCAAGAAGGUGAACGGUCAGAAGUUUGUCUACCGCUUUGUGUCUUACCCUGACAUCCUAAAAGGAGAUGCUGGCACCCGAACAGAUGGUAGCGACCUGGCUGCCCUUACACCUACAGCUAAGAGGGGGGAUGGCACCCCCCAGGAGGUUGAGUCCGCUGACGGAUCCAAGGUGGGGGGUGGUGUAGCUGCGGUGGGUGUCAGCAACAAGCAGUCAAACAGAAAUGACUACAUUCACUCCGGACUGUACACCUCCUUUCACCUCAACUCUCUGCAAAAUGGACGCCAGCUCUUUAAGUCCAUCAAAAUUGAGAAUCCAGCUGAGAAGAUGGCCGACAGGAAGGGUCUUACUUCCACCUUACACAGCCAGCAGGUGGCGCCACAGCCACCAGCUGCUUUACCAUCAGUCAUCAAGUUUGUGAACAGCCCUACUAAAGCAGCGCCUCAUGUCCUCGCGGAGCCAGCUCUGACCCAGAGUCACAGGCCUGAAGAUGUCGGUGCACGCUCCUCCCUGCAGCCGCCCGUCUAUUCCUUUGAACACACUCGUCCAUCAGAGUUCAGCCUGCCAGAGCUGAGCUCAGCUGGCCCGUCACCCAGUGUGGUCUCUGAGUCCUCUCAGGACCUCACUGUCCAGAGAGACAUCGAGUCCAGGUUCUCAGAGUCAGCAGUUAGUGAGACAGCAGAGACCUCGGAGGAGCAGGAGAAGCAGGUGGACGGUGGAGUGGUCCUAUCAGAAGCUGAGUGCAGCAUGCAGGACGCUGACUUCUGCUCCUCCCUGAGCUGCAGCACCCAGGGCUCUGGAAAAACCCGUAAGCCUCCUAAGAUCCUGCAGAUCAGUCCUCCUACUCUGCUGGUCACCACCUCCGAGUUCUCCCCCAUGAACAUCUGCAGCCCAUCCCUGCCCACAGCCUCGCUCACACCAGCUAUGCUACAGACUCCCACCCUCCUGCUGACUCCCAGUCCACUGCUGUCCAACAUCCACUUCUGGAGCACGCUCAGUCCAGUGGCACCCAUCAGCCCAGCUACUCGGCGCCAGGCAGGACACCUGUUCCAGUUCCCAUCAGUCCUCACCCCCCAGUUCCAGAUCCCAGUACAGAGCCUAGAUGGGACCAACACACCCGGCCCCAUUUCCCCAGACCCUCAGAAAACAUAGGGACCCCCCCCCUCCCCUCCCGGAGCCUGGUGCUUCAGACACACUACAGGUCCGUCUGCGAGCUGCAACAUGGACUCCCUGGCCCGUUCAGCUCGUCUCGUGCUGUUGGACCUCAGGAUGAUAACGCCCACACAUUCGUCUCCUCUGGCUUCCUCUGAGCCGUAGUGAAGGCACGCAGCUGGGUGUUUGUAACCCGGAAAGCCACCGCGGCCUGCUCUGCCUUCAGCUCUCUCACAUGGGAAUGAAAGCCAUGCCGUAAGCCCUCGCCCUGGAGGCUCCAGCUCCUCGUGCGUCUCCACUCUGCCGGCAGUUGGGUGCUCUGAUGGGGUUUUAGGAACUGUUUGACGUGGUAGGAAAGGUGCUGGAUAGUUCUGCUUCAGAUGGACAGGCUGUCGUGCUCAGAGUUAAAUGUGUCAGGUGUGCCAGCUGGUGGGUUUAUUCAGAUCGUCAUGGUGAUGUAAAACAAAUCAUUCAGGUCUGAUGAAGCAGCUUUCCGUUAGAACGCUGUGAUCAUUGAACCUGUAGACGUUUAAACUACGUCAGUUUGGAGAAACGGAGCUUAGAUCUGAUUGGACAGAGAAACUUGGUCCGAGUCCAAACCCCAAAAUGUCUUUGCUGCACUUUGAAAACCUCUACAUGAUCACAGUUACAUUGUUAUUCAGGCAGGAAGGUUAUGAAAUUCCACCCAGCAGCCUUUGACCCAUGACCUUUGACCUCAAACCGAAGUCCGUUAACGAGCAGCAGCGAACACGUGUCCACAUCCAGGGACUGCGUCCUUCCGAGGACAUCCAAAUUCCCAGCAUACUUGAAACGCGUCUUGCUGGUUGCUGAAUGUCAGACCGGUCUGGUGUGUCCUCACAGAGAAGGCUGUCCCAGGAUGGGUCGUGGGCUGAACCAGGUUCUUGUAUUUGCAGUAGUGGUGUGAGAAACGAGGGGAUUACAGUAUCUGGUGGUGUAAGCCUAAAGCCGUUGUGUUGUUGGGCUUUUGUUCUUUAAACAUCCUCAUGUAGGGCGAGUGCUGUGCUCUCUCACCGCUAAAGCCUCGUUUACACUCCUCCAUCUGCUCCACACACACCGUCAGACGUUCUGCUCUCGGACCUCUCCGUCACCUGGGUCACUGUUGAGAUCAGUUCCCCACCAGGACAGCUGUGGACGUAAUCCUGCCACCAGUACGCUCACUGUCCUGCACUUCUUCAUGCGGUCGGCACCUCUAACCCCACGUUUCCCGUCGUUUCCAUCCACAAACCAAACGUGUGCUCCGUAUCUUUGUACUCCUUCAGCCACGGGUGAAUAAAUGUUCAUAUUUUUGGACUUUUUCUGUGAUGCGUUCUUCAGUCUGUUCUAGGGUUGUCACGGUAACCGGUGUAGCGGUAAACCCCGGUAAAAAAGUUGACAAUAAUAAUAACCGUCUUGUUUUUUAAAAAACUAUAUUAUCUCGGUGGAUUACCGUGGCUGCGGCGUAGGCGCGGUGACCCUUACCAGCCACCGUAUCAUCGGCUGAAGUUGCCGGCGGCACAUGCGCACUUUGUUGUUUACAACCAAAACUUUCUUGAAGCUAAAGCUGAAAUAAUGGCCAAAGGAGGAGACGGCAGCACUCGGGACAUUUAUUAUCCCUCAAAGAAGACAAAGUGGGAAUUACGGGCAUCUUCUGGAUAUUUGAAGAAUGCCGAGGGACAGUUGAUAGAAGACGGCUAUCCUGUUUGCAGCACGAGCAGAAAAAGUGUCUGUGAAAGGCAGCAACGCUUCAAAUCUCAUGACACAUCUGCGUGACCAUCACCCACAACUCUACAGUCAACGCAAGGCAAGCUAACGUUAGCGUUUUAGCUAAAAUGCGUGAUCCGAGGAUUUGGGUUGAGGGAGAAUGCAACGAGUGGCUAUAUAAAGCAGCCGCAGCGCCGCUACCUGCAUAUAAACCGUGUCGCGGACACCCCCAUGUUGAAAUGACGCUAUGCAUUACGGAGCUCCCAGGGGCAGAUAAGAGUUGGUCUCUCUCCGAGAAUAAUUAUGAAUUUAACAACGAUUACUGCCUGAUGACAUUUUCCCACAUCUGCAAAGCUCACUGGAAGGACACAAACCGAGGACAAUAUUUUCCUGAUAUAGGGUUUAUUACUCAAGUAAGGGUAAAAAAGUAUCUGAUUAGAAGGCUACUUGAGUACUGAGUAUCAUCUGAUCUAAUAUUUUUAAAAUGAUAACAUCAAACAGAUAUAAAAUAAGAAGUUAUGGGCAAAUAUUGGUAUUUUAAAGACUAAAGGGGAAAAAUGUAAACAAAUAAACAACAUAAUUACAAAAUAACACAUUUUAGGCAAAAUUUAGACACAAACUUAGGACAAUAUUUCCUGACAUACAGGGUUUAUGUAGUUGUCUGAAAAUGUAGCACGUUUAAAAAAAAUACCGCGAUAAUACCGAAAACCGUGGUAAUUUUGGUCACAAUAACCGUGAGGUUACAUUUUCACACCGACAACCCUAGUCUGUUCUGGAUCUGCUGCUCAGUAUCAGUGGUGGGACUGUUGACAGAGUUAAAGGAAGUGGCGUCCUGACCAAUCACAAGCUUGCGGUCUCUGUCAUUUUCUGAUGGAUAUUCAAACAUUCUGUGUCUAAGUCCGCCUCUGGGAGCUUAUCGGUGAGCCCUUGCCCCGCUGGGUGUCUGCACCGGCACUGAUGGAGAAGUAAAAAUCAGGCUUAAAGCCUUGUUUGUUCCUCCAGAGGCACGGAGACGCACGCCAUCACCCGCCAACGCAAGGGCUCACCCACGGGCACGCAGCCCCAUUUUUAACUCUCCGUCAAAUGCAAGGGACAGAUGCGUCUGAUUGGUCGGCCCAACUAAAGCGGCAGCGUUGGUGGAUGGACGCCGCCGUCUCCUUUGCUCCGUUGACUUCUUUGUACCAAACGGUUUUGAUCCUCGAGGUCAAGCCCUCUCUCUUAAAAUGCUCUCCGUCAGCCAUGGGUCGUUGAGUGGAUUAACACUCACAAGUUUUUUUAAUAACUUUAUCUAACAAAAUAAGACCAAUGACAAAUCACAAGAAUCUAAAAUGUUGAUUUAAAUUCAACCCUUCAAGGUCUGUUUGUUUACACGCCCCCUGCUGUUCUGGUGGAGAAUUGCUGUGAAACACUGACGCAGCAACAGGAUGGAAAACGUUUCCGACCAUGUGAGUGCUAACCUGCUGACAGAAGUAUGAACGAGGCUUAAGAUUAGUUUCAUCUACUGUUUGUUACCGUUGUGGUUGCUAGGCAACAGGACAUACACUGAAGUAGGGGCGGGAAUAAAUAUGAAGGCUAGACCGUCCAAAUUCAGUCGCUCACUUGAGUUUACCAGUGGACGAAGGAACUGGCCAACCCGGUCCACGUUCGUCCGGUCCUCACCAGGACGCCGCCCCGGAAUGUGGACACAUUCAUUAGCUGCACCUGAACCCUGGGUGGACAUGUCCCCAUAUCCGCUGAAGUCUUCACUCUCAUGUUCAACACUCGUGAGAUGAUCAGCGGUCUGAUCUGGGGGACAGCUCAGGUCCAGCGUUUGGAUCGUGGCUUCAUGGCUGCUUCUCAGCUGAAGAUCUAGAGCAGCACACCAGCUAGCUGUGAGGAGCUCCGAUGUCCUCUCAGCUGCUGCUCAGUGUAAUGGGGAUGUUUUCAGCUCCGUGCUCGCCUCCUCUGGCUAGUCAUGAUUCCCUGCUGUGAAUGCAUUCUGAAGCCUCCAGGAACACAGAAGCACCUCGAUCAGCCAGCCGAGGGCCACACAUGCCAGCUGGGUUAAAGCCAUACGUCUGAGGACAGCACAUGGGUGCUUCUACCUGUCUAUGCGACCCAUCAUCAAACACCUGUUUACAUGACGUGUGGACAGAAACACGGCUGUUUGUUUUACCAAAGUGUGACUUUCUAACCAGGAUGUGGCGUCCCCUCAGCCCGCGGACGGACGGAGACGGUGCCUUACAGCAGUGUUCCCGUGCACCAGCCUGUGUGUGUGUGUGUGUGUGUGUGUGUGUGUGUGUGUGUGUGUGUGUGUGUGUGUGUGUGUGUGUGUGUGUGUGUGUGUGUGUGUGGAGGAAAGCCCUUCAGCCCUCCUCUGUGUCAUGUUGUAUAUUUUUAUGUGAAGACGAUAGGAUCUCAUGAAGCGUUUCUAUUUUUGUAAAGACCAAACGGGUGUGUCUGCUGACCCGGCCUCUUGUGCGUGGUAGCUCUGAGUUUCGGGUGUUUUGUAGGAAUCGAAGCCUUAUUGUGCCAAACCGUUUUCUAUGGUGUUGAUGCAGAACUUGGGGUUCCUGUUGUAUUGGACUGUUCUCCCAGAGGGAGGACAGCGUGAUGCACUUGUGUUUGGUAAAACAAGACCUAGCUGAAUCUGAUCUUUUACCGUUUAUGUGAAACAGAAGCUGAGUUAGUAAUUAGGCAUAAAACUUUUAUUAGAGUUGAACUGUAGACAGAUACAGGUAGCCUCUAGUGUUUGUACUGAACGUUUAAUAGUGACUAUAAAUGAUCCCAAAGCCCAUCUGGACGUCCUCUUGGACGUUCUGGUGUCUCCUUCUGUACCUCCUGAAGAUUUGUUUCCUUAAAAUGUAAAAACUGGGGAUUCUGUUUGUUUGGUUCAGUUUUCUGUUUGAUGCUUUCAAAUGUUUACAAGCUGCUUGUUGAAGUGGCGCUUCAAUGUGCAAAGGUCAGAGGAAGUGUUUACAACAAGCUGUUGAGUGAGACCAAUCAUUAAAAUCAUCUGACUGAC